CCUCUCCGCUCACUCUCCACCGCAUGCUGUUCCAGCACACAGCGCGCUGUUCUGGAGGACUCUGGCCAAUGAGACACGCUGUGAGUGACUGCUCAUCUUCUCUGGUGUGUUGAUUUAUCUGUGAAGAUCAGAAGCUGCACAUGAUGAAACAUGCAGAAGACUCUGAAGAGAUUAAGGAAGUCAUACAGACUGCCUGAAAACUCUUUGGGAAACAACCUCUGUGUUUUUCCAACAACAUUGGACUGUUAUAUGCAGUUAAAAGAAACGGAUGGGAUAUGAGCAGCCAACUAAUUUUUAAUGGACCAAAGCCAUUGACGUUUAAUGGCUAAACCUGCAAUGAAUGGUUUUCUCUUUUGGGUCAUUGGGAGUGCUGUAGAAUGGAGGAUCCAUUCCAGACAUUCUCUCAAGGGUCUGUCACGCUACCUCCAAGAAGAAUGAGCAAUUUUCACCAGAUGGAGAUAUGCGCAUGUCGCUACUGAACUGGUCAAAUGGUUUAUUUGUCUGGACAGAGAACUGAGAGUACCCUGAAGAGGAGGAAGUGGCCGUAACUUGACCCAUGACAAACUAUGUGGCUGAAGAGCCAGGCUGAAGUUUAAAGAGCGGGUGAAAUGGGAAUCGACAGUAAAAAUUUAAACAAAACUUGCUUUGUUGUCUGCACCUGGGAAAUAUGAGACUUUAGUCAACAGACAAAACACAAACAGUUCUUCUUCUUUUUAAUCAAAGACGUAAACGCUGGUGACUUCAACAAGCAGUUCUGGCGCGGGCAGCCUUUGGCUGAUCUUUACGUCUUGUUUUUGAUGGUACACACAGAUGCCCCAACUUUAUUGAACUACAUCUUCUUACCCGCCUUGCUGUUGAGGUUGUCAGUUGUGAUGCUGCGCAGGGGUCUGCUGUUCUGGCUCUCUCGUGUGGGUGUUCUGUUAGUGGUGGUGUGCUGUUGCCUUUCCCUCCUUUAUGUCAUCUCUUGCAGCCCCCACGCUGAUGAGCCCAUGGCUGGGCAACCCCUUCCCAGGCCUGGAGGGAUGGCUAUUGCUGGGGGUCCGAGCAGGCCAGGUGGUGUUGGAGGUGCCCCUAUUGGCUCUGCUGGACGGGAAGGGUUUCAGGCCCUGCUUCAAGAGCGGGAAGAGCAGCACCGGCAGCAUAUUGCCAGCUUGAAAAAACAAAUUGCUCAACUUAAAGAGGCUCUCCAGGAACGGAGCGAACAACUUAAGGGCAUGCAGAACUCUUUGGAGAAGACGGCUGGGAGGGGCACGGGGGGUGACGUGGCUGACGAGCGCAGUCACAGCGACCUGCAGGAGUUCCUACGCAGCCAGCUGAGCCGGGCUGAGGUGCACAGUGGGGUGCGACUGCCGAGCGAGUACGCUGUGGUGCCCUUUGAGAGCUUCACCUUACAACGCGUCUACCAGCUGGAAAUGGGGUUGACCCGUCACCCCGAGGAGAAGCCGGUGAGGAAGGACCGCAGGGACGAGCUGGGGGAGGUGGUGGAGAGUGCGCUGCAGUCCCUCAAUGCACCGUAUCAAGGUGGAGACAGAAUGAAAGCCAGUAAAGUCUACACACCAUCAGACUUUAUAGAAGGCAUAGCGCGCACUGAAAAGGACAAGGGCACGCUGUACGAGCUGACCUUCCGCGGCGAGCAGAAACUGGAGUUCCGCAGGCUGGUUCUCUUCCGCCCCUUCGGCCCCCUCGUGAAAGUGAAAAGUGAGCUUGUGGAGACCGCCAACAUGCCCAUUAACAUUGUGCUGCCUCUGUCCCAAAGAGCCGACAAAUUCAAACAGUUUAUGCACAACUUCAGAGAGGUGUGUGUGAAGCAGGACGGGCGGGUGCACCUCACCGUGGUUUACUUUGGAAGGGACCAGAUGAACGAGGUCAAAGGAACCUUGGAGAACACAUCGAGGGAGCUGAACUUCCGUAACUUCACUCUGAUCCAGCUGAAUGAGGAGUUUUCUCGGGGACGAGGGCUGGAUGUGGGCGCUCGUGCCUGGAAGGGAGGCAAUGUCCUGCUCUUCUUCUGUGACGUGGACAUCUUCUUCACAGCCGACUUCCUGAACACAUGUCGUCUUAAUGCCCAGCCCGGAAAGAAAGUGUUUUACCCAGUUCUCUUCAGCCAGUACAAUCCAGCUGUAAUCUACGGCAGCCACGAUCACACCCCCGCCGUGGAACAGCAGCUGAUCAUUAAAAAGGACACUGGCUUUUGGAGGGACUUUGGGUUUGGAAUGACCUGCCAAUACAGAUCCGACUUCAUCAAUAUAGGGGGUUUCGACGUGGACAUUAAAGGCUGGGGCGGCGAGGACGUGCACCUGUACAGGAAGUACCUCCACAGUAAUCUACUAGUAGUGCGCGCCCCGUCCCGCGGCCUCUUCCACCUGUGGCACGAGAAGCGCUGCGCGGACGAGUUGCCCCCGGACCAGUACAAGAUGUGCAUGCAGUCCAAGGCCAUGAACGAAGCCUCGCACGGCCAGCUGGGAAUGCUGCUCUUCCGACACGAGAUCGAGGCUCACCUCCGCAGACAGAAACAGAGAAGCGGAGCCAAAAAAGCCUGAUGGAUGUUACCUCUUCUUUACAUGCUCUCAAAGGGAUAGUUCACAAGAGGGCGGCCUGUCCUCGUUUCCUCACGCUCGUGACAUUUGCCGUUCUUUGUUCUGUGGAUGCAAAAUGUUCCGGUUGUUCUUUUCACUGCACAAUAAAGUCAUCAUAAAAGGGGUCCACAUGAAGCCCAACAUUAUGUUCAAAGAAGCAGCGAUGUCUGUUUUCAG